AUGGAGUGUAAUCCUAUCGUUGACCCUCUGCUCCCCAUUUUCUGGGAACUGCCCACUCCAGACCCGGCAGCGUCACAGACCUUGGACGGCUUUUUCAACCCCGAGACCUUUGUCUAUACCUUCCAAACGGUUUCAGAAGAGCGUAUACCACAGCUAGACAGAGACGCCGAACACCAAUCUCCAUUCGGUAUCUCCGUUCCUGAUGAACUCUGUGCGACAUGGAAGCCCUUUGAUCCAUCUGAAGUGCAGAUUUGUCAUGAGAAAGUGAUCGGCCCGCCCUCUCAUACGCCGAGCAAGGUCCUUCUGAACGACGGGACAAUUGCAUUCCUUAAGCUCGCCCGCUGUGGCAAUACGCAGUCCAUCAAAAACGAGCUGCACACAUACGGGAAGAUCGAAAGAGCACAACUUGACCUCAAAGUGAAGGUUUCACGCCUCCACGGCCUAGUCCGUAACAACGAAGGUGUUAUCUAUGGUCUUUUACUCACGUAUAUUGACUGUAAGCGUAUGACACUUUCGUGCGCAGUACAACCGGGCACAGAAGUUUCAUUAAGGGAGAGAUGGGCUGUACAAAUUCAGGAGGCUAUUGGACAACUACAUAAUGCUGGAAUUGUUUGGAGUGAUGCCAAACCGGAUAACAUCCUAAUUGAUGUGAAUCAGGAUGCUUGGCUUAUUGAUUUUGGUGGCGGUUACACGGAGGGAUGGGUGCCUAAGACCCUUGCUGGGACAAUGGAAGGUAUCACCCGCACCAAGAUCAGCGAACUUGAAAAACAGCGAACUAUUUACGAAUCACGAAAGGAUAAAAUCCUAAAAGAGGCCAAUCAAGAAGUUGAUCGAACUGCAAGAAUCAACCUUCUCCUGGAGGGAGUUGAGAACCUCAAUGCCGAGGCUUUCAAAAGCCCUGCUGUCAAAAACAUCAAGCACUGGCUCAGUCAGUCAAAAUACGAUGUAUCUGUUCCAAGCGAGUUCAUGCAGGCCCAUGAAGAACUACUCAGGUCGCAUCUAGAAGUCCCAAGUCGGAAACUAGCACUGGGCCACCUCUACGCUCGGCUCAUCACGGAAUGGAUGACUGCCUCUCUUAGCGACCGUCCAGCCUCGGAGGAAGAAUCCUACGAGGUUUUGGAUCGGCAGAAGGAGAGACUGCAGGAGUUGUGCGACAAGUUUGAGCGUGUGGUCUUUGAACCGCUGGAGACCGAUGAAGUUGAGAUUGAUCUCUACCUUAACGAACUGUUUCAAGGUGGACAAAGUGAAGAGGGUGCCAAGUCGCUCAAGGCUCUGAGAGAGACAAUCGGCGACUCUUGCGAUGAGAUCUUUGGCGAAAAAGCGCCUUUUGAUUCUACGACACUUACGUGGUGUAUCAAUGGGUUACUCGCUGAGGAUCUGCUCAGCGACCAGAAACAGGCCAUUCUGCGAGACUUUCUUGAGAAACCUGUUGUUCUGGGAGAGAUCGCCGACGUCCUCAAUAUGCGUUUCUCCAACAUUGACAGCUGGGAAUGGGAUGCUGGCGAACAAGGCAUUCCCGUUCUUCCGAGACAGCAAUUGAACGGUAAAUAUAGAAUAUGGAUGGACGAGGAUGUCUUGCAAGCAAUUCUGAUCCACUACAUCGGGAUUAAGUGUUGCGUUGCUCUCAAACAGGCUCUCCACAGCUUUAUCUGGGAGAAUAACUUCUGGAGAUGGAACACCGGGCCAGAACCUAGCCUCGAUGAGAAGCAGCGCCGCAUGUAUUACUUGACCGGCGGAGCUACUACUGCCUCUAAUCUCGCCAACGAGAGAAGGAGACAGUACGUAAAUGAGUUCUUCAUGUCACAGCUGCCGGAAGAUGUUGAGACGAUUGGGGCUGGCGGGUAUACCGAUCCAACGGAAGAGCAAGACACCUCCCAGAAACCCAACAUCAAACAGAGCAUACUACGAACGCUCGCUACAGAGGCCACUGUUCAGAAAACCUUGAAGGGUGAAGUGUCGUUGAUACAGACCGAUCUCGAGUGGUUCGCCACGGGCUUGUCGCAUACAACUAUCUUUGCUACCAUGCGAUUCUUUGGAUAUACUGAAGCCGCCAUUUCGUUCUUCAAGAAGGUUCUCCAGGCGCCUCUCAACGUGCAGUCCUCCCCAGAUUCGCCGUUGACAGGUAGUCCAAGAGUGCGUCGUCGUGGAGUCCCGAUGGCUCACGCGCCAGAGAAACUUCUUGGCGAGCUUGUUCUCUUCGUCAUGGAUGUUGUGGUGAAUCAGCAGGACGGCAUGCUACUCUACCGACUGCAUGACGACCUAUGGCUAUGUGGUGAGCCAAUACACUGUAAGCGGGCUUGGGCUGCUAUGAACAAGUAUGCCAAAAUCCUCGGCCUCACCUUCAACAGGGGGAAAACCGGGUCUGUGUACAUAACCGAGGGAGAAAAAGAGCGAGAUGCCGAUGUUACCAGCGCUUUGCCUGAGGGCCCAGUCCGAGUUGGGCAUUUAUCUCUCGAUCCCAAGUCUGGGAUCUGGGAGAUCGACCGUGCGGAGGUAGAGGGGCAUAUGAAGCAGCUGAAGAAGCAAUUAGACGGAUGCAUAAGUGUGCUGGAAUGGGUUCAGACGUGGAACAGCUGCAUGGGACGGUUUUUCAGUCAUACCUUUGGUGAACCAGCACACUGCUUUGGUCUGCAUCAUGUUGAGAGCAUCCUCGAGACUUACCAGAUGAUGCAGAAGUUCUUAUUCCCCGUGGCGUCAGAUUCAUCACAGAGCAGUCAUGGAGCUGUGAGUCACAUCAAGCAUAUGAUACAGGAUCGCUUUGGGGUAGAUGUACCUGAUGCGUUCGUCCAUUUGCCUGAACGCUUGGGAGGACUUGGCCUACGGAAUCCCUUCUUGCCUAUUCUGAUGAUUCGGGAAAGCAUUGCAAAGAAGUCUCCGACGUCAAUUAUCCAGCAAUUCUUUGAUACGGAAAAAGAUACAUAUAAGCGAUACAAGAAGGACUUCGACGCUCUGGCAAGUGUCGACAGCCGUAUCAAUGAAGCUGUAAAGGCCGCAGGAAGUAUGAGUUCUGACACGUUCAAGAACCUGCUUUCGACUGACGAGCUCGAAAGCUUUUUCAGCUUCGAAGAAUACGCAAAACACAGGGAGUUGACGAGCAGUGCCUUGUUGGAGGCUUACGUGGCGCUGAGGACUGUACCAUGCGACAUUAGCCCAGCCUUGGACUCCGAUGUUUCGCGGACCCUGAAGCACGAGCUAGGCGUCAAUCUGAACAAUUCAGGCAGUAAGACGAAAGAGGUUCGGUGGGCGUUGCAGAUGUAUCGGGAUGUGUUGCGUCGUGACUAUGGAGGUUUGUGUCUGGUGGACAAGGAACACCUGCCGCUGGGUGUGUUGACAUUGCUACGGAGUAGAGCAGUAACAUGGACCAUGGUUCUGUAG